CGUGAACUCAUGUCGUCACCGUCUGACUGAGCGCGCGGUUGUCAAACGCAAACAAGAUCUAGUAAACUGAUGAUAGUAUUAGUUUUGGUCACACAUUUUGCCCUGUAACCGGAGUUAAUAGUGGUUUUAUAAUGGGCUCAAAGGUGGUAUCUCGUGCUGAGAGGUUUUCCUGUUUUCUUCGAUCUCUUCAGGAUGACCAAAGCAGCAAUUCAUGCACAUAUGAGGAGGACAUUCACAUGAUAAAGACGAAAGGAGACAAAAUCACUGCAGUAAAUGUGUACAGUGCCAACCAGACCAUCUUUGUCUGUGAAAAAGCUCUACCAAAAAUUAAUGGACAAGGUGAUGAGCUAAACACAGAGACAUCGAACUGUUCAGCUGAUGAUGAUGAAGAUAGUUGUGAUGUUCUCCACACAGAGCAAGGACCACAGCCACUCACAGUCAUGAAAGCGAGAGAGUUGCUGUCUUUGUACACAUUAUCUCAAAACCCAGCUGUGUCAGCGGUAGACAGUAAACCCAUCUUACACCCUCUCUGGGUGCGAUGCGACAUGUGUGAUCCUGCAGGAACAGCCUGGUUUGGUGCUGAACCUGUCUGUGCAGGAAAUAAAGUAACCGGGGUCAAAUUGUAUUCUGUUACUUGCAAAGGUUCAGAUGUGGAGAAAAAAUCUCUGGUAACCUUGGAAGAACUGAAACAAGUGCACAAGAACAGGCAUCACCCCUCCUCUAGUGGGAUAAAAGGUAAUGCCAGGUUCAGUUUGUUUGGGUCCACCAUUGUCGAAAACACCACCAUCGAGUCACAGAGCAGUGUGACAGUGGACUUCAAGUGGAGUCAUGUGGAGAGUAUUCUUGAGAUCCCUCCUCUGUCUUCUACAGCAACUCUAAAUAUCAAAGUUGUCUGUGGAGACAUGAGAAGUCCGAUGUUUGAGAUGUACAGGGAGCUAGAGUUUCUUCAGACUCUUGCAGACGGUUUAAAAACUGGUGAGACUGAAUGGAUGGAACCUGUGGAAAGCCCUUCAGCUGUAAAUCUGACCAAGGCCUACCUCGAAGAACUUAGGAACAUGUCAAAAACACUACAGGAUCAGGCUGCUAAGACCACAGAGACCCAAAAGCUGAAGCAGGAGACGGAUCCUCCCAUUUUCAACUCCUUCUUGGAAAGAGGAGAUUUGGAUUUUGUGGAGCAGUUGUGGGAUCGGAUGAGAAAAAGCGUGACGUCCUACCAGGACAUCGGAGACUGUCUGAAGCUGGUUGUCGAAGCUCUGCGAUACGGUGACAUCAAGCCCUGGAUUCACAGAGACAGCAACAGCUCCCUCAGCAAGCUGAUCCUUCAGUCGUACCACCAGCAGAUUGACCACGUGUCUCUGACAGGCAUCACCCCGGUCACCAUGCUACUGGAGAUGGGACUAGACAAGAUGAGAAAAGACUACAUCAACUACUUGAUUGGUGAAGAACUGACAACUUUAAACCACUUGUGUUACUACCUGAGCACAGAGGUUGAUCUGCAAGAACAAGUGAUCCGACUCAGAAAACUGCACCACCUGCUGGAAAUAAUAGUGACCUGCGGCACAUUCUUGGGCUUGCCCUAUGACCGGCUCUUUGUUCUCACACAAUCGUGUCUGAAUCACUACAAAACAUCAACAUAUGACGAGGAGCAUGAAUUCAAACUCCAGAUCAAACCAGCCUUGAUUAGCCAUUUCUAUCAGAAGGAACAUCCUGUAGUGUGGGGAGUUGAGAUAUCCAGCAGUCAAGGUCUUCGUGAGGUGCGGACAUCCUUACAGCUCAGUGACAAGCCACUGGUUGAUCAUGCCAUCUUUAAAACAGAUUUGCCGAAUGAAACUGUAAACGGGGACAUUGAGGAGCCUGCCUUCUUUUCCACAAUGAUGUGCUGCAGUUUCACCAGCUUUGCAUGAAUUUACUAUUUGUAUUUGAUAUCAUCAUUAACUAAUAAUAUGGUUUUUAUGUCCAUUUGUUUAUUGAAUAGUAAGGAUAUCAGUUUUUGUUGAUUUAUUUGUUUUCGACGACGUUUUUAUUUUUUUCAGUGUGGCUUUUAAGAGAGUUAGAAGAGGCUAUCUGUUGAACAAAGUUUAAUCCAGAUAAAAGCACAAAUGAAGAAAUUUCACAGCAGCCCUCUGAUAGGAGAAUACAACAGGAAAAUGUAGCAUGUUACAGAUGCAUUCACCUGGUCGGAAUCUCUGAUUCUUCGUUCUACUUUAUCUGCUGAAUCAGUUACAUUUUUGUCAGCAAACACGUACACAUCAAAUGAAUAAAGUUAGCUUUUCUCUUUUAAUUGAUCUCACAAAUGUUCACACAAAAAAUAUUAAAGAAAUUUAGCACAAGAA